AGUCCGUGUUGCGCACGAUGAGUAAUGUUCACUUGAAAGUUAUUCAUAUCGAUUGAUUUGUCUCCACUAGUAAUUUGGUUUCGUCGCUGCCGAAGUCUGCUCGCAGACUAUUGCGACGGGGCCUUUUUCUGAAGUUGGAUUAAUUUUUAUUUUGUGUUGAGUGCUGCAAGAAAUCGUGAAAGAUGGGGUCGUUGUUUAGGAGUGAAGAAAUGACAUUAUGUCAACUUUUCCUGCAGAGCGAAGCCGCGUAUGCAUGCGUGUCUGAACUCGGGGAGCUGGGUCUCGUGCAGUUCCGAGAUUUAAACCCAGACGUGAACGCUUUCCAACGCAAGUUCGUCAAUGAAGUACGUCGUUGUGAUGAGAUGGAGCGAAAGCUCCGAUACUUGGAGAAGGAGAUUCGCCGCGAUGGGAUCCCCAUGCUCGAGAUCCCGGGCGAAUGCCCCGAGGCCCCACAACCGAGGGAGAUGAUCGAUCUUGAGGCUACCUUCGAAAAGUUGGAGAAUGAACUCCGCGAGGUCAACCAGAACGCUGAAGCUCUAAAGAGAAACUACCUUGAGCUCACAGAACUCAAGCACAUUCUUAGAAAAACACAAGUUUUCUUUGACGAGCACGAGGGUGGUGCCAAUACCACUGAGUCGAUGACGCGCGCCCUCAUAUCCGACGACCCGAACCGACAUAUCGGCCACGUCCAACUAGGUUUGCGGGAUAAACAAGAAUCCCUGGAAUUCCUGCCUUGUUUCGUGGCUGGAGUGAUCCUUCGUGAGCGCAUUCCUGCUUUUGAGCGCAUGUUAUGGCGCGCCUGCAGAGGCAAUGUGUUCCUCCGCCAGGCAGAGAUCGACACACCCUUGGAAGACCCCUCGUCUUCGGACCAGGUGUACAAGUCGGUGUUCAUCAUCUUCUUCCAAGGAGACCAGCUGAAGACCCGUGUGAAGAAGAUCUGCGAAGGUUUCCGUGCGACCCUGUACCCUUGCCCCGAGGCACCCGCUGACAGACGGGAGAUGGCCAUGGGAGUUAUGACCAGGAUCGAGGAUUUGAACACGGUACUAGGUCAGACCCAAGACCACCGUCACCGGGUGCUGGUGGCAGCUGCGAAGAACAUCAAGAACUGGUUCGUGAAGGUUCGCAAGAUCAAGGCCAUCUACCACACGCUGAACCUGUUCAACUUGGAUGUCACCCAGAAAUGUCUCAUCGCUGAGUGCUGGGUGCCCGCUCUUGAUCUGGAAACUAUUCAGCUGGCUCUCAGGAGGGGAACGGAGCGCAGUGGUAGCUCGGUGCCUCCGAUCCUGAACCGCAUGGAGACGUUAGAGGACCCGCCGACGUACAACCGCACCAACAAGUUCACGUCGGCCUUCCAGAACCUCAUCUACGCGUACGGUGUCGCCACCUACCGGGAGGUCAAUCCUGCCCCGUACACCAUCAUCACGUUCCCGUUCCUGUUCGCCGUGAUGUUCGGAGACCUCGGCCACGGCGCGCUGAUGGCCAUCUUCGGGUUCUGGAUGUGUUACAAGGAGAAACCAUUGCAAGCCAAGAAGAUUGACAGCGAGAUCUGGAACAUAUUCUUCGGUGGUCGCUACAUCAUAUUGCUGAUGGGUCUGUUCUCGAUGUACACUGGUCUCAUCUACAACGACAUCUUCUCCAAGAGUCUGAAUAUCUUCGGCUCCUCUUGGAGGAACAACUACAACCAGUCCACCCUGGAGAGCAACAAGCUACUGCAACUCAACCCUGAUUCAGAAGAUUAUAUCCAAACUCCUUAUCCGUUCGGUAUCGAUCCUGUUUGGCAGCUGGCUGAAGCGAACAAGAUUAUCUUCAUGAACGCGUACAAGAUGAAGAUCUCAAUCAUCAUCGGAGUGUUCCACAUGUUGUUCGGUGUCUGCAUGUCGCUCUGGAACCAUCUGUACUUCAAGCGUCGCAUCAGCGUGUACGUGGAGUUCAUCCCCCAGAUCCUGUUCCUGACGCUGCUGUUCUUCUACAUGGUGCUGCUCAUGUUCAUCAAGUGGACCACGUACGGUUCCACCCCACCAUUCUACGGCAGUGAUGACCCUGAGAUCGUGAAGACGAGUGCAUACUGCGCGCCGUCGAUCCUGAUCACGUUCAUCAACAUGAUGUUGUUCAAGCACGACGCCAACACGCGCCCCGUCUGCGACGACACCAUGUACGCCGGACAGAUGGGCAUACAGAAGUUCUUCGUGAUCCUGGCUCUGAUGUGUGUGCCGGUGAUGUUGUUCGGCAAGCCUUACUUCAUCAUGAAGGAGCAGAAGCAGAGGGCUCGUCAGGGCCACCAGCCAGUAGAGGGCGCGGCCGAGAACGGCAACGCGGGCGGAGCCGCCGCGCCAGCUGCGCAUCAUCACGACGAGGACAUUACUGAAGUCUUCAUCCACCAGGGUAUCCACACGAUCGAGUACGUGCUGGGCAGCGUGUCCCACACGGCGUCGUACCUGCGGCUGUGGGCACUGUCGCUGGCACACGCACAGCUCGCCGAGGUCGCAUGGAACAUGUUGCUCAGGAAAGGUCUGAUGUCGACGGACUUCCAGGGCGGCAUCUUCCUGUACAUAGUGUUCGCGGGCUGGGCCGCCAUCUCCGUGUCCAUCCUCGUCCUCAUGGAGGGGCUCUCCGCCUUCUUACACACCCUGCGUCUGCACUGGGUGGAGUUCCAGAGUAAGUUCUACCAGGGUGAGGGUUACCUCUUCCAGCCGUUCUCCUUCGAGGUGAUCCUCGACUCGGCGGGACAGACGGAAGAAUAAACACGACCAACGCAUAACAUACAUUAAAAUAUACUACUUCAUCAUAAACAUUACAAAAUUGCCCAAAAAUGAUUAUUCAAUACAAUAUAAAAGACAGAUUAAUGAAAAAUAUGAAAUAAAAUGUCCAAGGAAGUAUGUGGAAGUGAUGAAAGGGUAUAUUCUAAUGUAAUGUGAAGUAAUUAUGUACCCGGCGUACUGUUUGUAGUAAUGUUAUCGUCACAGUGUAUACAGCUGUGACUAGGCAGCUUAUACUCUAUAAUGUUACUCCCUGUUCAAUGUUUCGAGUUAAAUUCAAUGUUAUGCUAAUCAAAUUUAAUGUUGGUGUCUAUAAUCACGAUAUAUUAUAUCUUACGCUUUCGUCGUAUUUCGGAAAUUACUUAAUCGUAUACAAGUAAGGUAAAACGUUAUGAGAUUCCCCAAAAACUUUAUUUACUACAACACCAAGGGUACAGAUUACAAAUAAAAUCAUUUUCUUUUGUAUUUUCCUAAUUAAUAAAUAUUUUUUUAUUUAAUCCAAUUUUUUGUAAGUAAUAAAGUGUGAACGGCCACUCUGUGUAACCCAGUAUACAUUCAAUUGUACUUAAAUAUCGUUCGUAGAAUCCGUACUCCGUGUAAUUUGAUUGAUAUCUGCAGUGUUGAUAGAUUGCAAUUUUAAUUUAAUAAUUUUUAAAUAAAUUACUUAUUAUAAAGAGUUUUUUAUUCAAAAUGUAAGUAUAAUUAUUUAUUUAUUAUGAAUUUGUCUACAUAAGGAUAUCUCGCAGUAUUCCAGUCUCCGUAUGUAACUGUGUAAUUGUAUAAUGAUAUUGUGUCAGACGCUCUCUGUAUUGUAGCUGAUUGUCAUUCCAAUCUAUCGAUGUUAUCAACUUAGUUCGCUGAGUGUCGCGUAGCAUAGUUUUAUGGUGAUGAUUAAAGGUUUUUAGUAGCAUUAAA